AUGGCGCGGGUCAACGGGACAUCAAAUCAUGGCAACCGCCGGUUGUUGUCAUUAGCGACCGCAGUACUUAUCAGCGCUAUCGCAUACCGUAUUUACCUCCAUGACACUUUCGCCCUGAUAUUCGGCUUUGGCCGGGUGAUUCAGCCUAUUGAGGACUUCCCUUGGGACUGCAAGCGCAUUCAACACCCACUUCUCGAAGGGUGCGAAGAUAUUUGGCUAGACCACAACAACCGAAAGCUAUACGGUGCAUGCACCAGCCUUACCUCUCGAACGGGAUGGAAUCCGAGCGGGAGCUUGUUUAAUGUUUCCGCGAGGUCGCGGACAGACCACAUUUCUGUGCUGAAUAUCGACGAGCCAGGUCCUGAUGGAUUAUACGGGCUGCACCAACUAAAGACCGAUUAUCUUGGAGACCUCGACCUGCAUGGCUUUGAUGUUAGUCGCGUCGGUGAUCGACAGCGGUUUUGGCUCAUCAACCAUCGACCCCCUGUGGAUCCAGCCACGGGAGAACCGCUUGAUCCCCGCAAAGUGGGCGCAAACUCCACGGUGGAAAUAUUCAAUCUUGAUGCACCAUCGAAUACUUUAGUACACGUUAAGACUAUCGCUAGCGAGGCGAUUAUCUCCCCUAAUAACAUUGCGGUCGAUAAUGAUGGAGUUGGUUUUUUGGUGACGAAUGACCACGAGGAGAAGGCUGGAAUGUUUCGCGAUCGCGUCAUAUUUUUUGGAGGCGGAAGCUUGACCUACUGUCGGUCGGAUACUGGCAGAUGUGAGAUGGCCACCAAUGAAGGCUGCUCGUUCCCUAAUGGUGUCGUACGUGGGCGAGAUGGGCUGUUUUAUGUCUCCCAUUCGGCAUCGGGCGUGAUUACUGUCCAUGAAAACUCCGACGAUGGCUUUGUUGAAGUUGACAAGAUUCCUCUGGAUGUUCCCCUUGAUAAUAUUACCGUCGACAAGGAAGGAAACAUAGUGGUUGCUGCUAUUCCGCAUUCAGUGGGCUUUAUGCAAGCUGCCGAUGACCCAUAUAACCGAGUUGCAGCGGCAAGCGUCUUCAUGGUCAGGAAGCGAGACCAGAAACAUGCGGGCUUGGGAGAGAAUAACUAUGAGGUCAUCAAAGUUAUUGAAGAUAGAGAUGGCAAGUUCCUUCCUACAACAACGGUGGCAGUGCAUGAUGUCCAAACCAAUCGGUUGUUUUUGGCGGGAGGAUUUUCCCCAUUCCUCAGCAUUUGUCAAAGGGGCAGUUGA